CUAAAGAAGCCAGUCUCCCAGAUUUCUAAGACAAAAAAGAACACCUGAUUCCAGACCCGAAUGGCCUGAGCGGGGAAUCUGUCCUGUCGGGAGUAGUGAGUUGAUUUCCCCACUAGCGCAGGCUGUGAGGCGCCGACUGGACCGGUCAGCACGUCACGACCGCUGUAGAACGAGACACUUCCUACUCCGGAAGGCACUGGUGACGUCAUGCGGGGAAGCGCGGCGAGGCUGGAGGCGCUGGGUCACUUAGCAACGGUUGCUGCGCAGCUUAAUUAAAUGCCGCGGAGCUCGAAGCGAGAGUUUUCUGUCCUCCCGGCCCCCGGCCCGUGUCCUCCAGCUCUCUCCCCCUAGCGGACAGGCGAGACUUCAUUCCGUUCCGUCUCUUCUCAGGAUACACCGAGGUUUUAGUGUGAUCGGGCCGCUGGCGUUUCUCAUCGUCGUCGUCAUCGUUACAGCAGUGAGUGCGGUGCUGCCCUCCCUCACAGCUUCUACCCGAAGGCCAAGCUGAGAGCACGAACUUAAGAUAUUUAAAAAAAAACAAUAAACGACCAUAUUGAUAUCACCAUACACACUGCUGUGGGUCUGAUAAGUGACAGUAAAAGCAGAGGGACAGCUGCACUUGAAUGAACUCUUUUAGAAGGUGCAGAAGCUCAGAGUCGUGGCUGUGCUGGUGUUUCAGGACAAGGACUGACUGGCUGAGCGAUUGAUGCGCCGGCUGAUCUUAGGGUUCCCCGUCUCGCACUGCCGCCAUGUCCGGACGCCGCGCCCCAGAAUUCCAGGCCCUCCGCCAUCUCCCCCUGGCUGUGACGCUGGCGCCCCCCGCCUGCCUCCUGCCUCCCGCCCCCUGUGCGCUGGUGCUGUCCCAGCCGCCCUGUCUCCCCACCGCCAUCUUCGGGCCGGUGACCCCCAGAGCGCCGGUGGGGGCCCCCUUCAUCACUGCCCGGCCCGCAGAGCGCCCCCCGCAGGCCGACCCGGGGAUUGCAGCCAGAGCGAGGGGACUGGACAGAGCAGAGAGACUCACAGGGACGUCCAGUGAAGGCCGGAGCCAGCUGGACCUCUGCCAGUCCUGCGGCUGGACGUCCCGGCACUGCUGGCUCCAGUGGCACCGCUGCUGGGCACACCUGCAGCAGGAUGAGGACAGGAGCACUGCUGUGCCAAAACUCCGGCCCCAGAAACGCCAGGAGGAGCCCCAGCUGUCUGUUUCCCGGGCCGUAUCCCAGCCGUUAUCCCAUUCUCUCUGCCAGCUUGUCUCCCAGUCUUUAUCCCAACCUUCAUCCCCCUCUUUAUCCCAGCUGUUAUGCCAGUCUCUUCCCCAGCCUAUAUCCCGGUCUAUAUCCCAGUCUCCCUCCCAGCCUGUCUCCCAGCUUGCAUACCAACCUGUCUCCCAGUCACUCUCCCAGUCUUUAUCCCAGCCUGUAUCCCUGACUGUUUCCCAGCCUGAAUCACAGUCUCUCUCCCAGCCUGUCUCCCAGCCUGUCUCCCAGCCUGUCUCCCGGUCUGUCUCCCCACCUGUCCCCCAGCCUGUCUCCCCGCCUGUCUCCCCCCCUGUCCCCCAGUCUGUCUCCCCGCCUGUCUCCCCGCCUGUCUCCCUGCCUGUCCCCCAGUCUGUUUCCCCGCCUGUCUCCCCACCUGUCUCCCCGCCUGUCUCCCCGCCUGUCCCUCAGCCUGUCCCCCAGCCUGUCUCCCCGCCUGACUCCCCGCCUGUCCCCCAGUCUGUCCCCCAGUCUGUCCCCCAGCCUGUCUCCCCGCCUGUCCCCCAGCCUGUCCUCCAGCCUGUCCCCCAGCCUGUCUCCCAGCCUGUCCCCCAGCCUGUCUCCCAGCCUGUCUCCCCGCCUAUCCCCCAGCCUGUCCCCCAGCCUGUCCCCCAGUCUGUCUCCCGGUCUCUGUUGUGUCCCCCCGCCCCCCAGCCUCACCGCCACCCGUGCCCUCUGUGCCGCCGCGGCUUCCGGGCCCCCAGCCAGCUGCGCUCGCACAGGUGCACGCCCACCCGAGUCCUGUGCACCGGCUGUGGCCAGUACUUCGGCAGCCACCACCUCUACCGCCGGCACCGCAGCCUGGGGCAGUGCUCCCGGGCGUGGGGCAGGUCCGUGCCGGCGUCGCCUGAGCUGAGCCCCGGCCCCCGCGCUCAGGACCCCCGCCUUGCCUGCCACAACCCCUCCUCACACCAAAGAGGGGGUCUCAGGGCCCCGGGGCUCUCACCUUCCUAG